AGGGAUGCUGAUGCUGUGGUGGGUACCACUUUAAAGACACGGAUGCAGACCACGCCCUUCCUUUGCUGGCAGAUAGAGGGCGCUGUGGCGACCAGAGCAGGCCGAUCAGCAGCAGCUUUACCUCACUGCCCUUCCAGCAGCAUCUCACCUUCAACCGGCCUGACGCACAUCCACCGCCGCACCCGAAAAGACAAAACACACAGGAGAGAAAGACAGCGUCAAAUAAACCAAGAAGGGAAACAGAGCAACAGCGUAGUCGGCUAUUUUAAUGAUGUAGGGGAUCGUUUUGCGAUUUGACAUCUAAUUUAGCCUGACGCCUCACUGCGACAAGGAAACAACCGUCCAGCUGCGCAUAAAUAAACUGCAUCCUCUCCCAGCUAACGGAUAACACCGUGUCCACUGUCCUCAGAGUCCUCUCGACGAAGAAAGAAGGACGCACUGCGCAUCGUUUAUUUUGACGGUCAGAUCAGGCCCCGACCAGGUCCCCUCCAGCCUCAGCAGCAUCCCUCCUCUCAGCAGAAAGCAGCAUCCUUCCUCCUCCUCCAAUCUGCGCAAUGGCCGAUGUCCCAGCGGAGUGCAACAUAAAAGUGCUGUGUCGCUUUCGACCUCUCAACCAGGCGGAGAUUUUACGCGGGGACCAGUUUAUCCCCAAAUUCCAGUCGGAUGACACUGUCCUCGUUGGGGGGAAGUCCUACGUGUUUGACCGAGUGUUUCCGACCAACACCACCCAAGAGCAGGUGUACAACACCUGCGCCAAGCAGAUUGUCAAAGAUGUUCUGUGUGGAUACAAUGGCACUAUCUUUGCAUAUGGACAAACCUCCUCUGGGAAGACUCACACCAUGGAGGGAAAGCUGCAUGACCCUCACCAGAUGGGUAUCAUUCCUCGCAUCGCUGAGGACAUUUUCAACCACAUCUUUGCCAUGGAUGAAAACCUGGAAUUCCAUAUCAAGGUUUCAUACUUUGAAAUCUACAUGGACAAAAUCCGUGACCUUCUGGAUGUGACAAAGACCAACCUGUCUGUCCAUGAGGAUAAGAACAGGGUGCCGUAUGUCAAGGGGUGCACUGAGCGUUUUGUCUAGCCUGAUGAGGUGAUGGAUGUGAUCGAUGAGGGAAAAUCUAACCGUCAUGUUGCUGUGACCAACAUGAACGAGCACAGCUCUCGCAGCCACAGCAUCUUCCUGAUCAACAUCAAGCAGGAGCAUGUGGAGACUGAGCAGAAACUGUGUGGAAAACUGUACCUGGUGGAUCUGGCUGGCAGUGAGAAGGUCAGUAAGACCGGAGCUGCAGGAGCCGUCCUGGAUGAGGCUAAAAACAUCAACAAGUCUCUCUCUGCUCUUGGAAAUGUCAUCUCUGCACUGGCCGAGGGCACGAAAUCUCACGUGCCCUACCGUGACAGCAAAAUGACCCGCAUCCUGCAGGACUCCCUGGGUGGAAACUGCCGCACCACCAUGUUCAUCUGCUGCUCUCCCUCCAGCUACAACGAUGCCGAGACCAAGUCGACGCUGAUGUUUGGACAACGUGCCAAGACCAUCAGGAACACUGCCUCCAUCAACCUGGAGCUGACGGCGGAGCAGUGGAAGAGGAAGUACGAGAAGGAGAAGGAGAAGAACAAGACUCUGAAGGAAACCGUCCAGAAGCUGGAGCUUGAGCUCAACCGCUGGAGAAAUGGAGAGGACGUCCCUGAGACCGAGCAGACCACAGCGGACAUAGUGACCCGCUAUGAGACUGUGGAAGAGCGUCCCAUUUUGGACAAUGACACCUCCUCCAUUGUGGUUCGCAUUUCUGAGGAGGAGCGGCAGAAGUACGAGGAGGAGAUCCGCAAACUCUACAAGCAGCUGGAUGACAAGGAUGAUGAGAUCAACCUGCAGUGCCAGUUGGUGGAGAAACUGAAGCAGCAGAUGCUGGACCAGGAUGAGCUUUUGGCCUCAUCAAAAGGUGAUGGGGACAAGGUCCAGGCUGAACUCGGCAGGCUUCAGGUGGAGAGUGACUGUGCCAAGGCUGAGGUGAAGGAGGUGCUGCAAGCUCUGGAGGAGCUGGCCAUCAACUACGACCAGAAGAGCCAGGAGGUGGAGGAAAAAGGCCUGCAGAACCAGCUGCUGGCUGACCAGCUGUCCCAGAAAAUGGCCAGUCUCAUGGAGCUGGAGGCAGAACUGUCUCGUAUGCAGGAAGUGAGCGGGCAGCAGAGGAAACGCAUUGCUGACGUCCUCAAUGGUCUGAUGAGGGACCUCAGCGAGUUCAGCACCAUUGUGGGCAACGGGGAGAUCAAGCUGCCAGUGGAGAUUAGCGGUGCAAUCGAGGAGGAGUUCACUGUGGCUCGCCUCUAUAUCAGUAAGAUCAAGUCGGAGGUAAAGAGCAUGGUGAAGCGCUGCCGCCAGCUGGAGAACAUGCAGCUGGAGUGCCACCGCAAGAUGGAGGAGACCGGGAAGGAGCUCUCCUCCUGCCAGCUCCUCAUCUCUCAGCAUGAAGCUAAGAUCCGCUCUCUGACUGAGUACAUGCAGAGCGUGGAGCAGAAGAAGAGGCUGCUGGAGGAGAGCCACGACUCCCUGAGCGAGGAGCUGGCCAAGCUGCAAGACCAGGAUAACUCCCUGCUGGAGGAGAAGGAUGGAGAGAAGGGUGAGACUGAGGAUGGAAAUGUGAAGAAGGUUCCUCGUCAGCAGGGGGAGUCUCACCGCGGCCUCCAUCACAAGCAGCUGGCUCGCCUGCGGGAUGAGAUCAAUGAGAAGCAGAGGAUCAUUGAUGAGCUCACUGAUCGUAACUCCAAGCUGGAGCUGGAGCUGGCUCAGGUCCGCGCUGACUUUGAACGCCUGAAGAGUCAGGACAGCACCAAGAGCGAGCGCCUGGAGGAGCUGUCAUUCCUGCACGAGCGCCACGAGCAGACUAAACAGGACUUGAAGGGUCUGGAGGAGACCGUCGCCCGCGAACUCCAGACCCUCCACAACCUGCGCAAGCUGUUCGUUCAAGACCUCACGUCGCGGGUUAAAAAAAGUUCCGAAAUGGAACCUGAUGAUAGCGGGGGGUCUUGCACCCAGAAGCAGAAGAUUUCCUUUCUUGAGAAUAACCUGGACCAACUUACAAAGGUUCACAAACAGCUGGUACGUGACAAUGCAGAUCUGCGUUGUGAGCUUCCAAAGUUGGAGAAACGGCUUCGGUCUACUGCUGAGAGAGUUAAGGCCCUGGAGACUGCACUGAGGGAUGCCAAGGAGGGCGCAAUGAUGGACCGCCGCCGCUACCAGCAGGAGGUGGACCGCAUCAAAGAUGCCAUGAGGGCAAAGAACGCCCUGAGGCGCCCCCAUGCAGCACAGAUUGCCAAGCCAGUGAGACCGAAGCAGCUGACCGUCUGCUCUCCCACCAACCCGUUCUACACUUACAUCCGUGCCACUGAACACGCCAACACCUACAGCAACGCCCUCUUCCAGGGUAACGUGACACAGCCGAAAGCCGCCAGCGUCAACUGCAACCCCAACUCUGUCCAGAGCAACACAGUUUCCACAGCGUUGGGCUACAGAGCAGGCAGAUAUAAUGGAGACAUACUGGAGUCCUUCCCACUCAACAUUGACAAUGGUAACAGCAUCAGCGAAACGAGAGACAUCAAUGACAACAGCGAGGUGGAUGAUUCAAACAGGCACUACAUCAUUCAGCAAGAGACCGCUGCAAGUUAAUACCAUGAUGAUGACCAAACACUGUACCCGUCCAGAAACCCUCCCCUCCCAUCUGCAUGCAGCCUGUCUCCCCGUCCCUCCACUGCAUCACUGAUGAAGAUGAUGAUCUGUAGCCCUGUAGUCUUCAAAUAGAUGAAGCCCCUCCUGCUCCUAAGGUGACCACUCUCACCCUCAGGUUUGGGGUCCAGCCUCUUUUAAUUCAGUCAGCUCAGGAAGUAAAUUAAAUCACAAUUCGUUUUUUAUUUAAUACAGAACUUCGGCUUUAGCAGUUUAUCGAUCACUCGGCCAAUCAAUUUGUCGCCAGAUAUCACUGAUGCUGAAACCUCCUGAGGUGGCUGAACUGAAACGGGGCUGCCUCCGUCCCUGACGACUUAGUACACACAUGUUGUAAAUAAUAGUGCUGUAUACUCCAGUAGAGGUUUUUGACCAGCAACUGUUUGUGUGAACACACAGCCUCCACCGUCCCCAGCACACAUCUUCUAAAGGGCAUCAUGUGGAUGACAUACUGUAGGCAGACAUGACCUUUUUCUCUGUCGUAAAUAAGAGUAUAGUGUGUAACGCCAGCUUGUAACAGAAGACCCACACUCUGCAUGCAUGUCGCUUAGCGGGUUAGCUUUCAAAUCUUUGCAUGUGUCCUGAUUCCAGUCAGGAGUUGGUAUGCUGCGAGGGAAGCGUCUGAUCGACUUCGACAGAUGUCACAAAGAGAGAGAGAGCUGGUUUCCUGAAAUCCUGAUCAUGGUGUCAGUGAUUUAGAUUUUCUAUUUUAGAGUAAAACUGGGCUGUUGUGGCUUAAACACACCACAAAUCUUGGUCUAGUUUUAAUUCAACAGAAGUGAACAUAAGUUGCAACAUGCGUCAGGGAAACCCAGUCGUGACUCGCCGUCUGUGUUGAGGAAACCUUUUGUAAUCGCUUUGAUACCGUGAUGUCGCAGACGCCAUUGUACAUUUCAGGUGAUGCCGCUCACAUCCAUUAAAUGUGGCUCCCUUUCCCGCAUUGCACCCGCACUUUGUGAGUCUUCAUAACGAGCCUUAACAAGAGCUGACUCCUCGUGAUUGAACUAACACGCUGUCAUGUGCAUACAUUUGUAAUUACUACCUCUACAGCUACUCAUUAUAUGAUUAUUACAGUAUAGCAACAUACUUUCAAACAAUGAAUAAGAGCUGAUCUUAGAGUUUCUAGAGAAAGUUGCAACUUUAGUACACUAAUAGCUGUCAGUAGAUUUAAAUGCUCUUACAGGAGCAGUAGUGAAGUUCUGCUGAAGUUCAUUCAGACGCAGAUUCCUCCUUCAUCUUAAAACAGGAUCAGAGCUAAUUUGCAAAGAUGUUUUACUGCAGCAGAAGACCAGAAAGUUUGGGUUCACCACAUCAGGGCAGGUCAGCCAGUGUUACAGUGUACUACAUUAUAUUAAAAUACUUUCCUAAACUUUGUGGUGCUUGACAGAUUUUCCUGUUUGGUACCUAAAAAGUCACAAAUUAUUGGUCUCAUCAUGUAAAGUACCACUAUUUACUUACAUCAGAUCAGGAGUGAACUAACAUCCUAAACCCGUUUAAGGUUAUUUGGAAGUUAUUCAGUGAUUCAGUGCUUUUUUAACAGAGCCAUUUGAAGUCUGAUGAUUAGGGAGUUUCUGCAAAUGAGUCCCCAGCUGAGCAGCCACCAGUCUGGGAUGGACACACUCUUUCGACAGAAGCUCUUGUUAUUGUUAUUGUUAUUGUCAUAAAGGUGUGCUGCUGUUCUUCUGUUAGAAAUCCUGACCAGCCAAUCAGGAUAGAAGAAAGCAGCGUGUCUCUGGUGGGCGACAAAGAUGCGGAUGUGUUUGAACUAAGCUGAGUCACUGAAUUAAAGUCGCUUGUAAACAUGCGUAACAACCAAACAACUUUCCUUUUAUAUUAAAAAAUAUCUCUCUAUGUAAAGUUCAGUGUAUUUCAUGGCAUGACUGCACAUGUUCUGUGUGUAAAUUAGCCCAAACAGUACCCAGGUAUGUAAGGUGGAGGUCGUCUGAUCCUUAACAGCCUCAUUCAUGACAUCACCGCUCUGUCUCGUGCUCUAACUGGCAUUAACAACAUCUCAGGGCUUCACAUUCACAACCACAGCCACCGUCUUCCUCAUAGACUUAAAACCAUACGAGUGCAGACAAACAAUCAGUUCAGUGUGUUCUUCGAGGCUCAGCAGAGGAACAGGAUGAUAAAUCUACAGAAAAAACAUCAUUUUAUACAUUGUGUAUUAUAUCUCCAUUCUAGCACAUGACACCCAAAACUGAAAAAAAAAUCCCUCUGGUCAGACCCUACUGUACGUGUCCAAGCAAACCCUCUACUUGACAUCUUGUUUUGAGUAUAAUAAAUGAAUCUGAAGGAGGGGGGAAUGUGUACUAUAUUGUCACCUGCUGUUCCACUGUCUGAUUUCAACAUAUCUAAAAUACAUGUGCUAUAUAUUGUUAAUCUUGUAAGUAAAAUAGCGUGCCAUGUUGAAAUAGUAACAUGCAAAAGAGAGGUACACGCUAACUUUGUUCAGAGAAAUGUUUGUUUUAUUUAUUUCUGUAUGCCUAUACUGUAGCGUCGACAUGAUUAUGUGAAGAAUCACAGUUCUGUAUAUAUAGACUCAUCACUAUGCUGUAAUGUAUGUGAACCAUUGUGUUGUAGUAAAAAGUUCAAUAAACUUGUAGAAAGGAGUUUGCUGUAGGAACUAGUUUGGGUUGAAAGGACAUCGGCCAACAGGGGCAACCGUGCUGCAAAAAGAAAAAACACAAGCAAAUUAAGAAAACAUCCUAAUAAAGAUUAAGACACAUGCAGUAUUUGGAGAACGCGCGGCAAAUCCCACAACACAACUGGAGUAUUUCCACUUACGUCAGUGGCUUUUUUAUAUAGUCUAUGGUUACUGGAGUCUGCUCUCUGUCAUUGGUGUUGGAAAAUUAGCUAAAAUGUAAGUGUUUUUAAUGCAGUCAAGCCAGC